AAUGGCAGAAUGUGUUCAGUUGCCCUGGCAUCGACUUCUAAAGAAAUCUUUCGGCACGUCCGUCGCGGAAUAAGGGAAAGUGUUUUGUGAUUCGUCCACAAAAGUCGAAGAGAGACACAACGAAGAGAAAAGUGUUGGUGGGAUUCUGUAUAAAUUCGACCGGCAAGUGAAAUUUCGCUUUAGUUGUCUCAAGAUUUGAGACUCGAACGGAAUUUUUGGUUAGUGAUCGCGAGUGAACCAUCUCUUAUAUCUUCCUGGGAUUACUUAUACACCAUUCAUCUUCUUUGUCUUGAGUGUGAAAGUGAAAUUUGUGCUCAGAGGAAUAUACCAUCUUUGAUCUUCAGAAAUAUUCUGAGGAACUAAAGACACAUAGACAUGGGGAAACUCCUCUGCAUUGCAAUACUUGGGUGUCUCACAUUGGCACCAAACUCAUGGGCCAAUGAGGGACAAUGGGCUUGGAGUACAUCCAAGGAUGACCAGAAGACUGAUAAAGUAGAUUUGCUCAUUGGUGAACAAAAAACCCCAAUUAAGCGAUCUUCAUCAGUAGACAAUGAGACACUUGUAGACGAAUUAGUAGAUUCAAUUCUCUCAUCAACAAGACAAGGAAGGAAUCUUGAUGGUCCUUUCAAUUUGAAUAUUUCAAGUUAUGAUGAAGUCUACAGCGAUCCAAGUGUUAAAGAAGCCAUACAGAAUGGAGAUGAUGUUGAAGCUCGUAACAUCAUUAAAGACAAACUAUGCAGUUUGGGCCUAAUGCAGUGUGAUUUCGAAGAUGUAGAAGGCAAAAGACCUUACUUGCAUCCUGAAGACCUUAUUUAUGCUCAACCAGUUGCAAUUCGUCCAGUAGGACGUCCACAACCCUCUGUACACUACAAACCUCGACCUGGACCUAUUAGGGGACCAGGUGGAGGACCUCCUGGGGGACCCUAUGGUCCUCCCAAACCUAUGCCACCACCGAGGAAAGUGGGCUAUGCACCUGGUAAACCUCCUGGUUACGGACCACCAGGGAAACCCUAUCCUGGAUCUUUUGUAUCAGGACCUGGACCUAUUUAUUCCAGUCCACCAGGAAAUGUUGGAAGUUCCCAAAUUAUCUAUUCGCCCAAACCACCAGGCCCAAUUUACGAGGGUGAAUCUUCAGGACCUUAUGAUUUUGAGAGUCCUCUCCAUGGAGAAAAAAUUCACUAUCAGCACGGAGAAAAAAUUCACUACGAACAUAUUCAGGAUGGAUCACCUUUCGGCAAGGACAAGCCUUCAAUUCUGACAAAUGCACCAGGUGGUUCAACCCACACUGCUGAUUCAUCCAAUGUUCAACAACAUGUUCAUCAUCAUUAUCAUCAUGCUGAUGGUGGAAUUGGAGAAAAGAUCACAGUACCAGUGCCAGUACCAGUACCUGUUCCAAGUAGCAAUACGAUUGUUGGCAAUGAAUUUUCGCACUCCUCUCAGCUUGCUACUUCAGCUUCAAACGGAUUCACACCUGUAAGUGGGGGCUUUGGACCUUCAUACGGAGACAUUCGACCAGUCAGUGAAAAUAUCAGAAAUCCUGGUCCACAAACUUUUGGAUCGGCAAACUCAGUUUAUGGAUCAUCAUCUGGAUCUGGUACUUUUGGUAGUCAAUCAUCUGGAAGCUUUCAGUCGCCUCAAGACUACUACAAAAAGGAAUAUGGCUACAACGGAGGCUUCAAUUCCGGUGUCAAUUCUGGAUUUAAUUCCGGUCUCAAUUCAGGACUUAAUUCCGGUCUCAAUUCUGGACUUAAUUCCGGUCUCAAUUCUGGACUUAAUUCUGGAUUCAAUUCUGGACUUCAAGGAAACUAUGCCCAGUCGCAGCAGUACCUAUCACAAUCAGCUCAAUAUCAGGGCUAUAACACGGCUCGACAGGAAAAUUUUGACUGCGUUUGUGUACCAUUUGACCAGUGUCCGGCUAACGAAGUGAUUGGACGUAAAGAUGAUCUAAUUCUUCCUUUGGACCCAAGGAACUUAGCUUCAGAUAUCGAAGCUUUGUCCGACGAAGCAGUCAUUACUGAUGGAAAUGGCACAAUGACAGUGGUAAGGGUACCCAAAAAGGCUGAUGAUGCAAAAGAAGAUACAAAUAAGGAAGAAACAAACGUUGAAGAUGCUAAAGAAGCUGAAGCUGAAACUAAGAAGAUUAGCAAACGAGAUGUGUCUGAGAAACAAACCGAAGGAGACAACAAAGCCAACAUCGAACCGCGUCUUUUGGGUUUCAACGGCGCUAAUGGGCUCAAGAAGAAGGUGGAACCAACAUUUGGGGUUUCCUUUGGUCUACCAUAUCCAACCCAUGGCUACCCAUUGAACCCCUAUGGACCCUACCCAGCACCCAAUCCAUACUUUGGUUCCAUCAGUCCCAACGGUCUCAACCUCGGUCUUGUCAACGUCAAUCCACUCGUAUCCUUCCAAGUCACCAAGGAUGAGUAUGGUGAAAAGGUGCUUAAGCCUCUGGUCAAUGUUCACGUGACCCCCAAUGAAAAUAUUCUACAUAAGGUGGGACAUUUCUUCCACAACAAGAAGCACGGUAUCAAGCAGGCACUUCACUCCCAGCACUACCAUCACCAUACACACUACCCCGCCCCACCAGAAAUCUACCAUCCUCACCAUUAUCACGAUUCAGGUCCAUAUUACGAUUCCCCACCUCCAAACUACCACCCAGGACCCUCAUAUUAUGGUCCCUCUGGCGGAGGAUACGGCUUCGCGUCUGGACCCAGCUACUUCCGUGACUCUGGUCCCGACCUCGACUACAAUCCCUUCCUUUUCGAUGGACGCAGUGCAAAUGGAAGUGCUAACCAACAACAGUUGAAACUAGCUCAAUACAACUACCAAAACGUCUAUCCACAAAAUCAGAACAACUUCCAAACCCCCGAUACAAGGGAAUUCCGUGCUGGAUACGCUAAUGAGUACAAUUAUCAAACCCCAACACAUCCUAUCCCAGCUCAGGCACCUGGGAAUGCCCGGGGAUCAAAGAAUGUGGCCUUUCCAACCAGUCGUCGGAAACGUUCAGUCGAAGACAAAGAUACCCCUGAAGAAAGAUCUCUUAACACGGAAAAGCGACAAGCUUUCUACCGCCCACCGCAGCAACAGUUACUGCAACAGCAAUGUGGUCCGAGAAGUGUUUGCUGCAGAAGACCAGUAAGACCCCAGGCACCAAUUCGAGGACCGUUUGGUCAAUGUGGAGCUAGGAAUGCUCAAGGCAUCAAUGGACGUAUCAAAAAUCCUGUUUAUGUGGACGGAGACAGUGAAUUCGGUGAAUACCCGUGGCAAGUGGCUAUCCUCAAAAAGGAUCCUAAAGAAUCUGUAUACGUUUGCGGUGGUACCCUGAUUGAUCAUCAACAUAUUCUUACGGCAGCACAUUGCGUAAAAACGUACAACGGAUUUGAUCUGCGAGUUCGCCUUGGAGAAUGGGAUGUAAAUCACGAUGUGGAAUUCUAUCCUUACAUUGAACGAGACAUUAUAGCUGUCCAGGUGCACCCUGAAUACUAUGCAGGAACUCUAGAUAACGACAUUGCCGUUUUGCGAAUGAACCAUCCUGUGGACUUUGCACAGUCGCCUCAUAUCUCACCAGCUUGUCUCCCGGACAGAUUCUCUGACUACACAGGCAGUCGCUGCUGGACAACUGGAUGGGGCAAAGAUGCUUUUGGGGAAUUCGGAAAGUACCAAAAUAUCUUAAAGGAAGUGGAUGUUCCUGUUAUCAGUGAACUUCAGUGCCAACAGCAAUUGAGAAAUACUCGCUUGGGCUACAACUACCGUCUCCAUCCGGGAUUCCUGUGUGCCGGAGGAGAGGAAGGCAAAGAUGCGUGCAAGGGAGAUGGAGGAGGUCCCUUGGUGUGUGAGAAAAAUGGAUCCUGGCAACUAGCCGGAAUAGUAUCCUGGGGAAUCGGUUGUGGUCAAGUCAACGUGCCCGGAGUUUAUGUUAAAGUAUCAUACUACCUAGACUGGAUCAAUCAAGUUACCAGGAGAUUCUAAGCACUCCUCAUUGAAUUAUUGAGAAGUUAUAUUUUUUAGAAUUAUUUAUUUACUACUAAUCCAGUGGAUGUCUUCUGCCAAACAAGACAUUACUAACCAUAAUAUUCUCUCAUACUCUUUGACUCCACGUGACCCAGGGGUAAUCAUCCUGGUCACGGGAUGUCGGAGACAGACGUGUAAUGCUUAAAAGCAUUUUAGUUUGUAAGGUAAAAACUCAAAUAAAUACCUAUUUACUUUCAA